UCGGUUGUUUUGAUGACAUAACAUUCGGUAUUUCAGUGCGGACAGCGGUAGAUAGUUAGUUGUGUUCAUGCAAUGUUGUUCAUGUCGCGAAGAUUGAAAGAAAUUUGGAUCUUAACCACUCGUUUGUAACUGCUUCAAGCGCUGGAUGACGAUGGCGACGCUGCAGAAGGACGGGGUGGAAGUGCUGGAGGCGGGCCGGGCGCUCAAGGUGCAGGCGGACUCCCCUCACCUCGUCAGCAUGGGGGGCGGGCGCCUCAGCACCGCCGUCACCUUGCACCCUCUGCCUCCAGGCCGCGUGACGCUCGGCUCGAGCCCGGCCUGCGACGUGAUGGUGCUGGGCACCGGGGUGCAGCCGGCGCACUGCCACAUCGAGAACAGCCACGGCGUGGUGACCCUGCACCCGCUCGCCGACAUGACCGCCGUUGACGGCCUCAAGGUCACCGCCCCGACCCGCCUCAUGCAAGGCUGCAUGAUCUGCAUCGGCCGCUCCAACUACCUGCGCUUCAACCACCCAGCGGAGGCGCGGCUCAUGAGGAGCAUCCUGCCCAACAGCCGCAUAUCCAUGAUGCCUCUGAGCCUCUACAGCGGAGACAGCACGGACGGCAACGGCCAAGCCCUGGACAAGAAGCCGCCCAUGGCGCCGCGCAGGUCGCCGCGCGACAGCUGGGGCGACGUGAGCAACAGCAGCAGCUGCAACAGCGGCAGCAACGACGAGUGCUGCGCGCCGGGCAAGGCGGCGAGGGCGCGCCUCCUGUCCCCCAAGGUGUUCCCGCCGGGCAGCGCCACCGUCAACUCCCCCGCCAGCGCCGUGCUGGGCUCGGCGCGCCUGCCCGCCGCGCUCAGGAACGGCUCCCCCACCUACCAGAACGUGCCCUCCCCGCUGAACGGCGACUCGGGGUCGUCGGGGUCCCAGGGCGGCACCCCCGUGCCGCCCAGGCCGGCCCCCGGGGACUCUCGCAGCGUCACCUCCAGCCCGGCCUUCGACGGCAGGGAGCGGUCCUCCCCGUCGCCCUCCGUCCAGAACGGCCGGCUGUCCGAGGCGGCGGCGGAGCGCGGCAGGCUGCACUCGGUCCCCAGCCCGGCCUUCAACCGCAGCCCGGGGCCCUCUGGCGGGGCGGGCAGGCGGAGCGCGACCCCGUCGGGCCACCGGCGCACGCUGUCCGCCGGCCACGACCUCGCCAGCUACGACUCCAGCUGCAGCCUCGACGAGAUGACCGCCCGCAGCGAGGAGCUGGAGCACAAGAGGCAGCAGGCACAGCAGGAGAGGCUGCAGGAGCAGGAGGUGCAGAAGCAGGAGCGAGCCCGUCUGGAGGAGAUACUUGCCAUGUGCGCGGAGUACGAGCGCCAGAACAAACCUCCCGUCACGCCCAACGUUCAUCAGAACAGAAUAAAGACUAAUGGAUCGCUUCCUCGGGACAAGAGGCUGCCGUCCCCCGGCGUGACGGCGGCUGACGGGGACGAGUCACCUGAGGUGUUCACCUUCGACACCAGUUCAGCGGCCAUAUUCCCGAGAAUGCCCAUGCUGGAUUCGUCAGCUCAGAGUGUCAGUUUGAGCUCGGGUCCGGGCCCAAGCAACACCUCAACUCCUGUGAGCAGUCGGACAGCCUCUGGUCCCGCAGUGGGAAGGAGUCCCUAUGAGAAUGUUGUGUUGGUGCACCCACAAAGCCCCAGGACUCGCAUCAAGACUAUUGCGUCAUCUUCGGCAAAGGAGCAGUCAUCAAGAGAUAAUCUGGAUGUGCUAGAGCACAGCAGGUUGUCAUCAUCCAACGACUACGAGUACAUAGUGCUUCGAGGAGGCUGCAAUAACUCGUCCAGCGAAUCUCAAAACAGUGUGUCACAGCCUGUGAACUCUAUUAAAAACAUUGAUUCGAGUCCUAAGAGAAGGUCAUUCGAGAGAGACAAAUUCAUCCGGCCUCUGGAAGAAAAACUGGAUAAAAGAGUACCUGGCACAGAUCUUACUGACUCAAGUUCAGUGCAGUCCACGACUAAUAAUAAUAAUAAUAAUGCAGAAGUGAUUUCAGUUAUUUCUAAACGGCGUGGAAUGUCUAAAGACAUUGAGAUAAACUUCAGCAACAAAGACCAAAAUUCACAUGUUCCAUUGGACCAGACUGAUUCCAUACAUGAAGUCAACCAUCAAAACCAAAGAAAGUUACCGGGAGAUGAGGUGGACGGCUUGCGGAAGGAGCGGGCCAAACUGCUGGCUGCGAUGUCCGGACUGAAACGCAAAGUGGCAGACAUUGAACAACAGGAAGAGGAACUGCUCACGGAGCUGGAGAUGGAGCGGGCGCUGGUGGACGGGGAACGAGCCGCCCAGCGGGAGAAGCUGUCCCAGGAGCAGGAGAGGCUGGGCGUGCUGAGGGGGCGGGUGGCGGGUCUGGACCGCGACGCGGAGCAGUGCCGAGCAGAGGACCUGCAGCGGCAGGCCGACUGCAAGAAGAGGCUGCAGGCCGUUGAGGGGCAGAUCGCCAGGUUGGAGAAGGAGCUGGAGAGCUGCUGCGACGUGGACUGGCAGCAGGAGCUGACGGACAACUUGAAACACAAGCUGGAGCUGUUGGAAGCCGAGCGGAAGGUGUUCGAGGACCUGGAGUUCCGCCAGCUGGAGGAGGAGGCCAACUUCCUGGCGGGUCGCGAGGAGGUGCAGCGGGAGAUAUCGGAGCUGACCACCAGGGUGCAGUGCCGGCAGCUGAGGCUGCAGGAGCUGGACGACCAGAGGGCGGAGGCGGCGGAGGCCGUGCGGCAGGAGAGUCACGACAUGGAGAAGGUCCUCAUCGCCCACCUGCGCCGCCUGGAGGAGGUCCGCAACAGGCUGCGAGCGAUCGAGAGGCGGAUGGAGGAGUUGGCGGGGCAGUCCGUCAUCAGCAGCCAGGACUCCAGCCCGGACGACGGAGAUGAGGUGGGCUCCCAGCAGGUCACCAGGGGCCCGAAGCAGUCUCAGGAUGACCUCGACCGCAUAUCGCGGGUCACCUCCGGUGCGCCGAUGGAAGUGUGCUCGGGUUCGCUUGGGCGCAAGACGCUUGAGUCGCUCAAGGAGAUCGAGCGCAACAGGCAGCGACAUCUUGCCCAGCAAGGGAGCCAGGUGAUCGAGCAGGAGAGGAAGCGCGUGCAGGAGCUGAAGCAGCGCGUGCAGGACGAGGUGCGAGCCGAGUGGGAGCAGCGGCGCGGCCGCGAGCCCAACUGCGACAGCUUCAACAGCGAGGAGUCCAGCCUCACGUCCGGCGACGUGCCGACCGAGAGCACUUCCAGCGACGACGCCUUGGAGAAGCAAGCUGCCGCCCCGGGGAGCUCCGACAGCGCAGACAGGAACGAAGCCGAACUGUCCGCCGGCCAGAAACUUGGACUGAUGAGAGAAAGGGAGCUGGCCAGAGAACGAGAUGAAGAAGAAACUCGACCCUUGUCCGACGGUUCAAAUUACGAGCACCAUUUAGCUACAAAGAUGCGGACUAAAAUGGACAAGAAACAGCGACCACUGACCCGAUACCUGCCCAUCAGGAGUGAGAGCCUGAACUUGCGGGCCCACAUCGAGACAGCGGGACACCAGGUGGAGCUGUGCCCCCACGUGAUCAUAGACUCGACUUCUUGCCGGGGUUACCUGCACAAGAUGGGCUCCAAGUUCCACCACUGGAACAAGCGCUGGUUCGUGUUCGACCGCUCCAAAAGAACACUUGUGUACUACGGUGAUCGCACAGAAAAGAAGGUCCGGGGUGGCACGUACUUUCAGGCCAUAGAGGAGGUGUACGUGGACCACCUGAACUCGGUGAAGUCGCCCAAUCCACAGCUGACGUUCGUGGUGAAGACCAACGAGCGGUCGUACCACCUGAUGGCCCCUAGCGCUGAAGCCAUGAGGAUCUGGGUGGACGUGAUAUUCACCGGAGCAGAAGGCUACCAAGAGUUCGAGCACGGCUCUUAGGACGUGGUCCCUGCGACCGUUGGUAUGCCCUGCGAGCAAUACACCGUUUUCUUUUGCUCCGGCAAAAGAUAACCACGUUGUAACAGUCUGUCACGAGCAGCUGCGAUGGGAAUUCGCUUCUGGGAUAAUCACUUUGAUCUGUUGCGAAGCUAUUUUUUUUUGUGUCCAUCCACUUGUGAUACCAGAUUUGUACAUUUUGUAAUAUUUGUUUAUAAACUUUUAACUACCUGUUUACUGUAAAUGAACUGAAAUAUAUUUUGCUAUGAUACUUUUUAAGGUAGCCAUAAUGUAUACAUAUUUAUGGAUUUUAGAACAGUUUAGUUAUGUACAAGCCUACAGAGCUGAAGACUAGUAUAUGUGAUUUAAUUUUUGAAGAUAUGAAUGAACAUGUGCCAGUAUGAAGUCAUGUAAAACAAUUUUUUUAUUUGUAUACAUAUUAACUUUUUCAUAUCAUAUACACAAACAACUUUGCCUUUAUAAAAUAGGAAUAUUGAAUAAUUGAGUAUGAUAUAAAAUGACAAUACAAAAAAAUAAUACUGUAAAUGUAACAUUUAUGGCAGCUUGAGUUGUAGCUUGUUAUGAUUUAGUGUUGUAUAAGUUACCAAAAAAAUACAGCCAUAUCUAUAAUUGUGUGCAAUACUACUAUUAAUUUAAACCUAUGUACAGUAUUUUUACAUGUAAUGAACAUGUUAUGUACCGCACACAAAUUGCCUGUCUGGAAUUGUAUACAUAUUUGUUGCAAUAAAUAAUGAAACUCUUGAAA